AUGUUUCCCACAGGUAUAUUUUGGAUGACUAUACUUAUUUCUCAGAUUCAAGAAAGGGGGAUUGUUGGAGUAGAGGGUCAAGAACUGGUUCGUCCUAAAAAGCUUCCCUUGCUACACAAACGGGAUCUUGAACGCAUCCAUGACUCUGAUGCACCGGAGGAGUAUGAAGAAGAAUUGUUGUAUGAAGUAAAACUGGGUAGAAAAACUUUAAUCCUUCACCUUCUGAAAACAAGGGAAUUCCUCACUUCAAAUUACAGUGAGACAUACUACAACAUAAAAAGAGAAAUCACCAAGUAUCCACAGAUCUCGGAUCACUGUUUUUACCAAGGCUCCAUCAUACAUGAAUUUGAUUCUGCUGCUAGUAUCAGCACUUGUAACGGUCUGAGGGGCUUCUUCAGGGUGAAUGACCAGCGGUAUCUCAUUGAACCAGUAAAAUACUCAGAUGAAGGAGAACAUUUGGUGUUCAAAUACAAUGUCAAGACACCCUAUGCUACCAAUUACUCCUGUGUGGGGUUCAAUUUUACCAAGAAGUCUGCUCUGAUAGAUGCUAAGAAUAUAGAAGAGCAUAAAGAGGAAGACUAUCUCAAAGAGCGGUUCAUUGAACUGUUUGUUGUUGCUGAUGAAUAUGUGUACCGCAGGAACAGUAAACCCUCAAACAAGCUAAGAAAACGAAUUUGGGGAAUGGUCAAUUUUGUCAACAUGAUUUAUAAAACCUUGAACAUUCAUGUGACUUUGGCUGGCAUUGAAAUAUGGUCAGCUGGAGACAAAAUAGAAAUAGUGUCCAAUCUAGAAAGUACCUUAUUACAUUUUUCAACUUGGCAAGAAACAGUUCUCAAAAAAAGGAAGGAUUUUGAUCAUGUGAUUUUACUGAGUGGGAAGUGGCUCUACACAUCUAUGCAAGGAAUUGCUUACCCAGGAGGGAUAUGCCAGAUCCUUCGUUCAUGCAGUGUUGUUAAGGAUCUUCUACCAGAUGUAAAUAUAAUUGGGAACAGGAUGGCACAUCAGCUGGGACACAGCCUGGGCAUGCGGCAUGAUGACUUUCCAUGUACCUGUCCUUUGGGGAAGUGUGUGAUGGGCAGUGGAAGCAUCCCUGCAAUAAAAUUCAGCAAAUGCAGCCAAAUGCAAUACCAGCAAUUCCUGAAGGAUCAGAAACCAGCAUGCAUACUCAACAACCCACUUCCUGAAGAAUUCAAUGAAUUUCCGUUCUGUGGGAACAAGAAGGUGGAUGAGGGAGAAGAGUGUGACUGUGGGCCAGUUCAGGAAUGCACCAAUCCUUGCUGUGAUGCACACAAAUGUGUCCUGAAGCCAGGAUUCACUUGUGUGGAAGGAGAGUGCUGUGAAUCAUGUCAGAUGAAGAAAGAAGGAGCCAUAUGCAGACGAGCGAAAAAUGAAUGCGAUAUUUCUGAAGUGUGUACUGGCUACUCCCCUGAGUGUCCUAAAGAUGAGUUCCAAGCCAACGGGUUUCCUUGCAAGAAUGGAGAAGGCUACUGCUUUAUGGGGAUGUGUCCUACUCGAGAUGACCAGUGCUCAGAGUUGUUCAUUGGCGGAGCAGAAGAAAGUCACAGCCUUUGCUACAAGAUGAAUAAAAAAGGAAACAGAUUUGGAUACUGCAAAAAUAAGGGCAGCACAUUUGUUCCCUGUGAAGAGAAAGAUCUCAAAUGUGGGAAGAUAUACUGCACAGGAGGCCGGCGCUUAACGCGCCUUGGAGAGGAUAAAGCCUAUAACCUUAAGAAUGUGAAGCAGAAUAUAACCGUCAAAUGCAAAACCAUGUUUUUAUACCACAAUUCUAGAGACAUAGGCUUGGUUAAUUCUGGAACAAAAUGUGGAGAGGGAAUGGUUUGCAGCAAUGGCGAAUGCACAGAAAUAGAGAAGGCCUACAACUCAAGCAUCUGCUCUUCCCCGUGUGAUGAAAAUGACGUGGAUGACAAUGAACCCGAAUGCCAGUGUGAGGAAGGAUCAAUAAUUACGGAGUGGGGAGAAGCCUUAAACCUUACCAGUGUCUCCAUUAUGGCCAUUGUGCUUGUCAUGGUUAUUAUUGGUGUUGGACUUGUCAUAUUACUAAUCCGUUACCAGAAAUGCAUUAAGGUGAAACCUGUUCAACGCUCUCCUAGAGAAAUACGGGGAGUAGAGAAUAAAGCAUACUUUCCUGAUGAGCAUCAGACAAGAAGGGAGCAGAUCUUGACAGAUAUCCAUCCCCUACAUAGCAUGGCAGAGUCCUUGGAAAGAGUUCCUUCCAGCUUUUCAAGUCCUCACUACAUCACACUGAAAUCUGUCAGCAAGGACCCAAGAGGAAUUGCAGACCCUAAGCAAAAUGAUAAUGUGAAUUUGAACCUGGAUAGUCAAAGUGGCUGCACAAGACUGGGCUGA